AUGUCAGCACAGCAAGUGCAUCAAUGUUUACAACGUUCGAAUGCGAAAUACAGCGAUUCGGCAAAAAAGGAUAUUUUAGGCGCUCUAAAUCAGUUUAAGGAUAUGGGACCGAUGACAGAAAAUUUCAUGUUUCCUGAUGGAAAGCGAAGAAAUGCUUUUAAGCUAGUUGGUACAAUUCCGAUAAACUACAAGGGUAAUCUCUACAAUAUUCCAAUAUCAGUAAUACUUUGGGAUACUCAUCCAUAUUAUGCGCCUCUUUGUUAUGUAACCCCGACUAGUAAAAUGAUUAUAAAAGAAUCAGAGCAUGUCAAUAAAGAAGGAAAAGUAUUUCUGCCGUAUCUUAAUGAAUGGCGUUUUCCAGGACAUGAUUUAAGUGGAUUACUUCAGAUUAUGACAAUGGUGUUCCAAGAGAAAUGCCCAGUUUUUGCUCGGAAAACAACUGGUUCAACUCCUGUAACAACUUCUUCAAAUAUCACAACACCAUACCCUACAACCCUUCCUUCAAUUCCAACUCCUUAUCCAGCAACAGCAACUUCUACACCAUUUCCUACACCGUAUCCAGCGGUUGGAAAUAGUGGAUAUAACCCGUAUGUAAAUAUUCCAUCGGCUACUCCAUAUCCAUUAGGAUGCGGAUAUCAGCAGCCAGCACCACCACGUCCAAAUCUACCUAGAGGCACAAUUCAACCAGACACAAUUCGAGUUUCGGUUUUAAGUGCAAUUGAAGAAAAAGUGAGAUCAAAAUUGAGAGAUAAGAUGGGUACUAACAGUGCAGAAUUGGCUUCUAUACAAUCUACGGGAGCCGAAUUACGCGAAGGCCAACAAAAACUUAAAAAAGUUCUAGACGAGUUAGAAGGACAGAAAAAGGGAUUGCAAACUGUAGUCGAAUUCUAUUCUACAAAGAAGGAAGAACUUUCGACUGCUCUAAAAUAUGCAGGAGGAUCUGAAUCACCUCCUAUUGACGACGCUAUUGAUGCUGCAACUCCACUUCAUCGACAAAUUGUGCUCAAUUACGCAAAAGAUUUAACGUGUGAUGAUGUUAUUUAUGCACUAGGACAAUCUCUAAAAAGUGGGAAUAUGAACCUUUCGGAGUAUCUUCGUCGAGUUAGAGAUAUUUCGCGUGAACAAUUCAUUUAUCGAGCUACGAUGCAGAAAUGUCGUCGAGUGGCCGGUCUUCCUGUGUGA